AUGGUGCUGUUUCUCCUGGUGUCGGGGGCAGGUUUCGGUCAGCCCACGGUGCAGGCACAGGGAUUGACCAGCGUCAUCACGGGCAUGGCUGCGGGCGACGAUGCGGAUAAAUCCGAUACGGAGGGGUCAAAGACAGCCUCGGAAGAGACGCCGGCUGAGCAAAGCGCCUUGGCGGACGAGGGUGAAGGUGCUGGGUUCGUUCAGGACGUCGACGUGUUUGUCGACCAGGCCAUUUCAGCGCGUGACGUCUUCAAGGACAUCCUGAAGGAAAUUCCCGUCAUUCACGAAACGAUGCUCACGACGCUCAAGGCAGAAGGGGAAGACAGGGGCCUGGGGUGGAUUCCGGUUGCCCUUAUCGACAUUGCGGCAGGGGUCAUCUUCGGUGUUCUUGCCAUGACACUUCUUGCGCGCUGGGGUCGCCGUCAGUUUGCCAGCAUGUACAAGGCCGAUGUCUACAGUCGAUCCGACAAGAUCACCUAUCUGCUGUUGCGCGCGCUGUUGAUGAUCGUUGGUGUCGUGCUGUUUUUUGCAGUCGCCGUCGUCGUUUACCUGACGGUUGGAACAGGCCUGCAGGCGGCCAACCAGACCGCCCUUGUGAUAUUCAGCGUGAUUGCAGCGUUCCUGGUCUUUCGGAUAAUUUUUCUGAAUUUGCUUGCCCCGGAUGCCGACAGUCACCGUUUGAUCAACCUGUCCAGCGAAGAAGCCGGCAGCUUGUACCGGGCUCUUCUGGCAGGCAGUGCCGUUUCACUGUUUUCCGUCGGGUUCUGCCUGUGGAUGGAACGGCUUGGGCUGUCGCUGGAUGCGCACAAGAUUGCGCUUAUCGGCGCAUCGGCCCUGUCCAUGAUUAUUCUGAUCGGAAUUUCGGUCGCCUACAGAAAGACGAUCGCCGGUCUCAUCCGCGGCGAGGCGGAAAGUGACCCACCAAUCUGGCGCAAGGUCCUGGCAAAUGUCUGGCACUUCAUCGCCAUCAUCUACUUCGCGAUUGCCUGGGGCAUUUCCGCGGUCCGGAUACUUCUGGAUCUACCGGAUGCAACCGGGCUUGUCGGCGCUCCGCUCCAGGUCAUGCUGCUCGCGGCGAUCGUCUACGGAAUUCUGAUCCUGAUCAUUGACAAGGUGCUGCUGCCGCGCCUGGAUACUGCCGAUGCGCAGUCAAAGAUCGCGGAAGACAUCAAGCGUUCGGAAGAAAGCGAAGGCGGUAAGGAAGAUCCCGAAAGCGCGAUGGCCCAGGCACGCGCAGAGGCAGCCGACAGGGAAGCGCUCAGAUCUCCGUUCCGGGACCUUUUCGACCGAGGCGCUGCGAUUAUCGUGCUUUUCGGAUCGUUGGAUCUGCUGGCGUCGAUGUGGGGUGUUCCCCUUGCGGGCAGCAGUUCACUCAUCGGGUCGUUCGUGGAAGUUCUGCUGGUCAUGUUCCUUGGUUACAUGGCUUACGAGGCGGUCAAGAUCGUUAUCGACCGCCAGAUUGCCAAGGAGGCACCUGCCGAUCAGGACGAAGAGGUUGAGGUUGGUGGAACCGGGGAAAGCCGAAUUGCAACGCUUCUGCCGAUCUUCAGGAAUUUCCUGCUGAUAACGAUCGUGGUGAUUGCGGCGAUGGUGGUACUGUCAGAACUCGGCGUGAAUAUUGCGCCGCUCUUCGCAGGUGCCGGUGUCGUCGGUCUUGCGAUCGGUUUUGGAGCCCAGACGCUCAUCCGCGAUAUUUUCUCCGGCGCAUUCUAUCUGCUGGACGACGCUUUCAGGAAGGGGGAAUACAUCGACAUCGGCAGCGCCAAAGGUGUUGUGGAGAAGAUUUCGAUCCGGUCGAUGCAAUUGCGCCACCAUCGUGGCGCCUUGACGACGAUCCCUUUCGGGGAAAUCCAGCAAGUCGAGAACUUCUCGCGGGACUGGGCUGUCAUGAAGCUGGCGUUCCGGGUCACCUACGACACGGAUGUCGAGAAGAUGCGCAAAAUCAUCAAGAAUUUCGGCAAAGAGCUGCUGGAUGACGAGUAUUACGGGCCGAUGUUCCUGGCUCCUCUGAAAUCUCAAGGGAUCAUGUCCAUGGAAGACUCGGCCAUGAUCGCGCGCGUGAAAUUCACGACUAAGCCGGGCAAGCAGUUCGAACUUCGCAAGAUCGUCUACGCGGGUCUGCAGGAUCUUUUUGAAAAGAACGGCAUCAAAUUCGCGCACCGCCAGGUGACCGUGCGCGUUGCGGGUCAGGAUGAAGGGGCAGACAGCCAGGGCGCGCCGUCGGCAUCACAAUCCGCCCUCCAGGCCACGGCUCAUGCUGCGGCAGCCGGUGGUGCGGCCGGCAUAUUCGACCCCGACGAUGCGAACGGAGACGCAAACACCGAUCAACUCUAG